AUGCAAUGAAGUGAUGGUUUCCAUUGCAGCAGUUCAAAUGAAAUUUCAGCUAAAUGCCAACAGUGACUGUGUUCUUAAGCACUUUGACUCCAAAAUUCUACUUUGCCCUUACAGUGACCUCAUCUUUCAUAUCUGGCCUGAUAUUUGUAUUUGAGUGGUGGCAUUUCCGAAAAUAUGGCACAUCUUUCAUCGAGCAGGUAUCUGUGAGUCAUCUGAGGCCCCUCAUUGGCGGUGUGGAAAAUAGCCCUCCAGCACCAGCAGCGUUCUCAGUUGGAGAGAAUGAGACAAACAGGCAGAAUAUGCCAGAGUGCAAGGUGUGGCGAAAUCCUCUUAAUCUUUUCAGAGGGGCAGAGUAUAGCAGAUACACGUGGGUGACUGGGAAGGAGCCCCUUACAUACUAUGACAUGAAUUUGUCUGCUCAAGAUCAUCAGAACUUUUUCACGUGUGAUACAGAUGCCCUUCGGCCUUCAGAUACAGUAAUGCAGAAAGCAUGGCGAGAGAGAAACCCUCAAGCCCGGAUUAAAGCAGCGUAUCAGGCUUUAGAGUUGAACAAUGAUUGUGCCACUGCAUAUGUUCUUCUAGCAGAGGAAGAAGCGACAACUAUUGUAGAUGCUGAGAAGUACUUUAAGCAGGCUCUGAAAGCAGGAGAAAUGAUUUACAGGAAGUCUCAGAACUGCCAUUCCCAAAGUCCACAGCAUGAAGCACAGCUGAGAAGAGACACCAAUGUACUGGUGUAUGUGAAAAGGAGACUAGCUAUGUGUGCAAGAAAACUUGGAAGAAUACGAGAAGCAGUCAAAAUGAUGAGAGAUUUAAUGAAAGAGUUUCCACUUCUCAGCAUGCUGAAUAUUCACGAAAACCUUCUGGAGGCGCUACUGGAGUUACAGGCUUAUGCAGAUGUUCAGGCAGUUUUAGCAAAGUAUGAUGAUAUUAGUCUUCCAAAAUCAGCAGCAAUAUGUUACACAGCAGCCCUGUUAAAAGCCAGAGCUGUUUCAGAAAGGUUCUCCCCAGAAACUGCCUCCAAAAGAGGGCUUAGUACAGCAGAAAUAAAUGCCGUGGAAGCAAUUCACAGAGCUGUGGAAUUUAACCCUCAUGUUCCAAAAUACUUACUAGAAAUGAAAAGUUUGGUUCUACCUCCAGAGCAUAUCCUGAAACGAGGGGACAGUGAGGCAGUAGCAUAUGCUUUUUUUCAUCUCCAGCACUGGAAGAGAAUAGAAGGGGCUCUAAAUCUGCUGCACUGUACAUGGGAGGGCACAUUUAGGAUGAUCCCGUACCCAUUAGAGAAAGGUCAUCUUUUCUAUCCCUAUCCAAGUUGCACAGAAACAGCAGACAGAGAACUGUUGCCAACAUUUCACGAAGUCUCCGUUUACCCACAGAAGGAACUUCCCUUUUUCAUCCACUUCACAGCAGGCCUGUGUUCCUUUUCGGCAAUGCUUGCACUCCUUACGCACCAGUUUCCUGAGCUGAUGGUCAUUUUUGCUAAAGCUGUGCUGCGAGUGCUUUGGCCCGUGAGUGCUCCCAGUGUGCUGGCCUCCGGCUGAGCCCUGGACAUCCCCUGGUUCUUUGGGACUGUCCUUUUACCCUUCGCUAUGGAAAACACUGAGGUCCUCAUGCUGUCCAGUCUGUGGCAUCAGCUGACUCCAGUUUGACCGGAGCAUGCUUUCCACGAUGCUUCGAUUUCAUUGUUCCCACAAGCGUCUCUGCCAGCACCCACUGGGCAUGGUUAGCUGACACCAAGGUGGGAAGGCAACAAAGAAAGGUGUGCUCUUCAAACUGGUGUCUUUCACAGGCUUCCAUGUUGGUAAUGGUGCUUUAUGUAUGAAUUUCUUCUUUGGCCUUGGCGUCUGUAGUCAUCUAAGAAAAUAGUUUUUGUUGAGCAAUAAUCUCAUUGCUCUCUUAAUCGCUUGUACAACAGGAAGCUAAUACUUCCUCUGUAAGAAAUGAGAGAACACAAAUUGAGCAGAUGUUUUGAGUAUUGACACUUCUUUCUCAGCUGCAGACGCACCAGAUAACUGGCUUAGAUUUAGUUUUGUAAGCCUUUUUCAAAAUAUUUGUUAAGAGCAAAAUAUGGCUCUGCUUUCUUUAUUAAAAGGUUACUUCUUAACG